UAGCACCUCCCACGUCCUAUCUGUGAGAAAGAGAGAGGAGAUAGAGAGAGAGAGAGAAAGAGAGAGCGAGAGAGAGAGCGAGAGAGAGAGAGUCUGCUGUGGUGGUGUUAGAAAUCGGACGACAUGAGCUCUACAUGAACCGCGUAAAAUGCUUUAGGACGCUUUCGGCGUUUGUCUUUCAUCCGUCUAAACCAAGGACGAGCCUGAAGCGGAGCUAUUCUUCACGACCAGGUGUAACACUGUCUUAAGCCUGAGGGGGGCAGAAUGCCGGAGCAAAGCAACGACUAUCGCGUGGUGGUGUUCGGGGCAGGGGGAGUGGGGAAGAGCUCCCUGGUCCUGCGCUUCGUGAAGGGCACCUUCAGGGACACCUACAUCCCCACAGUAGAGGACACCUACCGCCAGGUGAUCAGCUGCGACAAGAGCGUGUGCACGCUCCAGAUCACCGACACCACAGGGAGCCACCAGUUCCCGGCCAUGCAGCGCCUGUCCAUCUCCAAAGGCCACGCCUUCAUCCUGGUCUACUCCAUCACCAGCAAACAGUCGCUGGAGGAGCUCAAACCCAUUUACCAACAGGUCCUGGCCAUAAAGGGCAACGUUGAGGCCAUCCCCAUCAUGCUCGUGGGCAACAAGAGCGACGAGACCCAGCGGGAGGUGGAGACCAAGGACGGGGAGGCUCAGGCCAACCAGUGGAAGUGCGCCUUCAUGGAGACGUCAGCCAAGACCAACCACAACGUAACCGAGCUCUUCCAGGAGCUCCUCAACCUGGACAAGAAGAGGAACAUGAGCCUCAACAUCGACGGCAAGCGCUCGGGGAAGCAGUCCCGUGCCGAGAGACUGAAGGGCAAAUGCAGCGUGAUGUAAAUCCAGGAGAGGAGGAGAGGGGAGGUGGAGGCGAGAGAGGGGAGGUGGGGGGGGGCAGAGAAGGGAGGCGAGAGAAAAAAGAGACUCACUAAAUGUGUCACUCGGAGCAAAACGUCUGGAAGGCAACGGGAAUCUCAUCAUCCACAUCCUCCUCCGUUUGACUGCUGCAUUCACAAACACAACUUACAUACAAGAGACAUACCAGAUUUCAGCUUGGAGCAUUACAUCCAUGUGCAAUCUGCUUAAAGGAGAGAUGGGGGGGGGGGGCGCCACAGAAAUAUCAAGAAGCAAAUUAAAAACAAGAAGCGUGUCUCACCUGUGGACGUCAGCCGCUAUUGGAAACAGUGUGUGUUGUGGACUUCUGCGUUGUCCAAGUGCCACCAAACCUGACCGAGGAUCUCAUCAAGACCUUGGACUGCAGUGAAGACCACGGCUGCAGGAUCCUCGACCAAGACCGAAGGUUUCUGAUCCACACGAAGCAUUAAGUGUCCUCUCUCACACUCUACACCUCACUGCUCCCUCCCUGCAAAACACCCCCCCCCCCCAGACAUCCCAGCACCCUCAUCCUUUGCAUACCCCCUAUUAUAACAACUAUAGAGAAACAUAAUGUAUAUGUAACAGAGUCGACAAAGUUAUUUAAGCUCACUCAUCUGGUAAAAACACAAUUUUAAGAAACUGAAUGUGUCCGUCAUUUUAGUUAGGACAGGACUGGAUGGUUUUGAGACUGCUAGCAUGAAGGACAGCAGCAGAACACACGACCCGGCCACAUCCCGGAGCCACACCUGAGGACUCUGAUGUAUAUAAACAUGGGAUAUUUAAACAUAUCCCAUAUGUAGUCCACACAUGCCCUGCCCCAACUAUUAUAUCAGUCACAGGAAGUUUGAUGUGAAGUUUGAAGCAUUGACGCUUAGAUUUGUGGCUAGAGAAAAAAAUUCACCCACCUUCUCAUCCCAAUCAUCUCUCCUGAAAGAUUAAAAGAAAUUUACCUUCAUCAAGCUGCCAUUAUAUCGAAAACUCAUGUGCAACCCGUCUAAAUGUCCUCAUCUGAAGUGGAGAAGCAUCCAGCGGCAGGGCAUGCACACGCGCUUACUGAUCGACGCAACAAUCCUUUUAAGACUCUCAUCUAGUGUCGAUUAACAGUGGAUGAAAGGACGCUGGGCUCUCAUCGAAAUAUGAAACAAAAAUACAAGUCUGCCUUGAGGACGAUACACUUUGGAUAAUCAUUGCCAAGCCGGUAAGACGGAGGUGAGCUGGGAUGAUUUUUGGUUCUGAGGUCAAGAAUGUCAGUUUGCUUUGGCACUUUUCAUGCAAAGGUUUCUCUUCUUUUGCCUUUUUUUGUUUGUUUGUUUUGUUUCUUGCUUUAUGAUGCUCUUUAAAUUCAUGUAAGGUCAAAAGCCCAACAAAAAGCACACAGAGAAAGAAAUAAUAAAGAAAAAAAUAAUAAUAAUGAUAAUAAUAAUAGGGAUGGAUGUAAAAUUGCUCCAUGCAGAAUAUUCAGUGUGACCUGAAUCGGGUUGAAUUCUGUUUCCUCUUUGGUCGGUUUGGUCACAUUACCGCUCAUACGCUCAUCCAGGCAUCAGGAAACAGAAUGAGUCACACAGACACACACACACACAUACAUAUAUACACACAGCAUGCGCACAAAUGCAUUCAUGCAAGUGUCAAAAAAAAGAAACACACACACAUGCGCAUAGCUGUGGUUGUCAAUUUGAGUAACACUCUUGAUGGAUUACAUGAAGACAAGCAGGGCUCACUCAGCCUAAAUGCCCUCACAUUGCACUUUAUAUCAUAAACACACACACGCACACACUACUUUGAUUUGCCAUGUUUUUGCCUACAUCGUCUGCUUAACACAGAAUAUCCUGGAGCCACAGCUCCAUGUCCAAAGUGCAUAUAUAUAAACACCCUUUUCUCACGCAGGAGCUCUGAUAAUUGUACACAGUGUACACAGGGCAGCCAAAAGCACAAUACUUUUUUACCAACAUAUCUAUUUGUACAUUUUUUUUUUUUUGUGUGUGUUUCUUUUUUGUAUAUUCUUGUGUUUUCAGUUUUUUGUCUUCUGUGCGAUUCCAUCUUUAACAUUUUACCCACCAGUCCUGAACGUGGAGGAACAAUCGCAUCAUGAUCAUAGGUAUAGCUCUCAGUCUCGAUGUAGGUCGUCAAAAUGUUUUAUUUGUCUGGCACAUGGCACAAUGAGGUUACUGUUCUGCUGAACAACAGGGUAUCGUGAUGUGACCCCGUUUAGCUGUGGUUCGUGAAGUGUGCGUAUACGUGACAUAAACACCCCCAGCAAGGUCGUAGGACGCCGAGGAGGGUCUGAUUAUUUGUCUACUUUUCUCCAUCUCUCAGGCGGUUUUAACAACAACAAUUUGGCGGAUAAUCUGCUCCUGUACUGUUUAACCCAGAGACACAGACGACGCCCCCUUUUGACUGUGUGUCCAUCUCUCUGGAGAAAAAAAAAACAAAAAAAAAACAGAGUGAGAGAAGAAAAGAAUAGAAAAGAAAAAGCACAGCAACUGUUCUCGUCUGUCUCCUUCUAUGUCUUUAUGUGUGCAGCAGAAUCAACGACUGGGCACUUUAGGGUGACAUUUUACUUGAAGACUUGCUUAUUAAUCAGCAACGCCUCAUUUAUAAGCUCCAUGUCAAAUGCCCUUACUGCAUUAUUCAUGCCCACAGACCCACAUGAAACAAUUUCAAAUGUGUAGUUAUUGUAAAUAAAGCAUAUGGUAGUUCAAUGAGAUGUUUAAAAGAGCUUCAAGUAAGAUGUUACCCAUGUAAAGAUAAACUGUACCCGCUGUCUUUCUGGGAAUAAGUCCUUUGUAACCAGGAAAUAUUGUUACAGUAAGAGGUUUGAUGUUGCUAUGUACUGUAAUAUACAGCUUAAUAAUGAUGCUCAUGAUAUAUUGUAUUUGACACAUCCACUCUUUAGAUCUAAUCAAUCGGAUAAUACUAGCAAAAUGUGAAUAUGUAACUAAAGGUUCCACUCCAUGGCUGUUAACGUUUUUAUUUUUCAACGUUGAAUGAAUCUGUUGUUAUUGAUGUGUUGUAUUUUGCACUAAUGUGAGGUCCUGUUAAACUCAAAGAUUUGCAUUGUAAACAUACCCUUUACCUGUUAGACACCAGGGAUGCUCAUUCAUACUCUUUUAUCUUUGUUCGCCACUUUCCGUUUCAGAAACAAGACGUGUGAAACAGAUCUGGGUUAAGUUGUGUUUGUAAUCGUUUGUUUUUGCCUGUUAAGAUGCCAGAUGGAUGGAGUGCAGCCUGCCUGAUGUGGCCAUAUGAAGCACUAAAACUAAAAACUAAAAACUAAAAGAAGCUGGAAAUAAUCUGUAACAAUUAUCCAGCCGCCCACCCCCCCCCCCCCACCCCCCACACACACCCCCCACCCCCAGUUUCCGAUCUGAUGUGUAGCUACCGGCAGCAGUGUUGCACACGCUGCAUAAAUAUCAGCUUGACACGUCUGACUGCUUCACGCAAAUGCCAGAUUGCGAGAGCAUGUUUGUGCAAUCUGCUGUUCUGCUGACGUCUACAGGAGACGGCCGUUGCUCAUGUUCCUGUGUGGAAUAUGAUACAGCAGGGAGGGGAGGGAGGGGAGGGGAGGGGGGGGGCAAUGAGGCAGCGUUGGAGAGGAGUAUGGACAACAAGCUGGAGUGAGGGAAGGGACCUGUGCUAUUAAUAGAAAUCAUGUGUGAAAAUAGGGAGAGCAAACCGCACUAACCGUGGCCUGUGUGGGGCUGAAAUGUGCUUUGCAUGUUGGGGUGUGGGGGAGACAGUGAGAGAAGAAGAUGGCGUGCAUGGAGAGUGCGUGAGCGUCCGUUGAGUUUCUGGGCUGUGUGAGUUAAACACUGGCAUGAAUCAGGACAGACACCUCUGCCCCCGUCCUCCCAUGGCUUGUCUCAUCUCAUUUAUCAGUGAAGCAUAUUCACUGCUGCUGUGUGUGUGUGUGUGUGUGUGUGUGUGUGUGUGUGUGUGUGUGUGUGUGGUGUGUGUGUGUGUGUGUGUGUGUGUGUGUGUGUGAGAGAGUGACUGUGAGUGCAUCCAUGUAUGUGCACAAUCAGCCACCUAUUUGCAUUUCUUCACUCUGGCGUGCAUGAGUGUGUACGUGUGCAUGUUUGUGUGCCGUUGCUGCACCAUAUCUUUUGAAGUGUCUCUCAGAUAUUUGAAGCUUUCCUGUGGAGAAUGCCUACACAUUCUGCAUGAGUCAUCCCGCACUGCUCAAUACACACACGCACACACACACACACACACACACACACACAUAUAAGCAUAUAAAACAUGUAUGGAGGCAAAAUAGACAGACUGUAUGCCUUCAGUUUCGCACACACACGCAAACACACACAAACACACACACACACACACACACACACACACACACACAUUGUAUUCACACAGGCCUCGUUGCUGGCUGUUUUUCUGUGCUGUUGUACAGGCGCUGCUGUCAGCACUGCCUCGCCAUAACUCAGCUCUCCUGACUUUCUUUCACAUUCAUCCCUCUCGUUUUUUUUUUUUUUAUAUAUAUAUCUUUGUGAGUCGGUUGCACUUGAACAGACUGGGGCCGACACUGCUCACGUUCAACUGUAGAUAGUUGUAAAUAGUGUUCAAAGGACUUAAUAUUUCAGAGAUGAAAGAGGAGAGUGUGCAGAGGAAAGGAAGCUGUGGUGGGAAGGUGCCUGCAUUUCUUUCUUAUAGUCAAAGCGUCCGUUUAGCAGCGACACAACUCUUACUUUAUUUCAGAAGAGAGCCACUUAAUGGCUUUAUGUCGACUUCACCAGCCGCCAUGAAGUCAUUAAAACUUUGGGAUGUUUCCAAAGUAUGCUUUAAUUUUCUCUGCCAGGAAAACAACUGAUUGACUUUAAAACAGGAAAUGUAUGGAGACCCAAAGUGCCCAAUAUUAUAUGAAUAAAUAAGAUGUUGUAAAAUGAUUCAUCAUGUAACUAAAUACAGACAAAUAUAUAUAAUAUAAAAAUGAAAUUCUGAAAUAAUCUAAUAAAUGUCUAAAAAUCAUCCUCCUUCCUUUCAUAAUAACAGAGUUUAUUUAUUGUAGGUUUUAUUUAAUUCCAGCAGGAGUUUUUUUCUUAAAAUGUUGGUUCCAAAUGUUUUUGUUUUUUUAUGCCACUUUUCAUCACAAAGUCUAAGUCCAUCAAUCAAAGCAAACUGGGCAGAGCCAGCUAUGUGACUGUGACUGCUUAAUCAGACCAAGGCAGCACCGGCCAGUUGCACAACAGGAUCGUCCCGGGUUGUUUUGAUCAAAAGCUGCAUCAAUGGAAUUUUGAAAUAAAUAUAUGACUUUGGGAAAAGGACAGUUGAAAAUCAAAAUUGCUGGAGUGAAAUAAAAGAGGUCUGUUAUUGAGAAAAGAAGCAGGAUAAAAUGGCAUUUAAUGAUACCGAAGUUGGAUUAGUACCAGGCAAAGUUUACCUCAGUUGUUUGCCAUCAGUGAGGUAACAGGGUACUCUGAAGAGUCUCAUACAGCAGAGGAAGUUUGGUUCACAUGUGUUCUUCCAUAGCAGGACAGGAAACAUGAUCAUGCCACGCUGAAAUGAGGGGCAGUCAGUAGAACCUGAAUACACAAUUAAAAGCUGUGGGUUUCUAGUCCGUCACUCUCAUUCCCACCAACACGAGGGCAGGUUACAGUCCUGUCGGAGAAUCUGAAGGAAAUCAGUUCUGGAGGGUGGAAAUAGGAAAAAUGCUCCCACUGACCCCAUUAACCUCUCCGGCUCACCCCUUUACUUCUCGUCUGAUUGCCUCAGAUCCUUACAAGAUGUUUUUGCAGAUGGGGGGAGGGGGGCGCGUAAAGUGGGGCAUAUAGACUUCGUGGGUAAUGUAGUUUGGUACUAUCCUGUCACUCUGGCGCUUCAUUCCUGCAUGGUCCCUAUUGGUGUUCCAGCCAGCAUGAGAACAAGGACACAAACUGUGAAUCAUCUUUGUAUUUUUUAAAUAAAUUCCUCAGCAGCAUUUACGGCUUCGGUUUUGCAAAUGGUUUAUUUCUUUUUAGCACUUAUUGUUUUUUGUAAAUGAUUCAAUUGAUUUAUUUUUUUCUUCUGUUGGAACUUUUUUUUAUUUAAUAAUUAUGAUGUAUAGAUAUUUAUUCUAGCAAUAGUCUUCCUAUUAAGAUAUACUGUGCUGAUGCAUCCUCUAAAUAACUAAAAAUAACUACAUAUAUAUAUAUACAUAUACAUAUAUAUAUAUAUAUGUAUAUAUAUAUAUUAUAAUAAUAAUCAAAUCUGCAAAAUGAUUUUCCUAAUAAAAAUGUGAACUGAG